AUGACUGCCCCCGCUGUAACGCUGACAAUGGAGUGGCUCUUCUGCGCCAUUGCGCUCCUGUCGGUCGGCGCCCGACUCUACGUGCGAUAUUACGUGGCCAAGCUGCGAACCCAGGUCGAAGAUUGGUUCGUCAUCAUCGGCGCCUUAUUAUUCAUCGUGUGGGUCAGUUGCGACACCUACUCGGCGUCCCAGGGCUUCAUGGACAACAACAAGUCAUACCUUGACGGCUCCAUUUCCGACCAGAUCCAUGGCCCCGACAGCAACCGGGUCAAGGUCCUCAAGGUGGUCUACGCCUCGGCCAUCCCCUACUACAUCAACCUGUGGAUGGUCAAGUUUGCCCUGCUGGGCUUCUACUACCGACUGGUCCCCCGAGGAGGCUACCUCCGAUACUUCUUGUGGCUCACCAUCAUUGUCUGCGUGGUCAUGAUUUUCGUGGUUGUCUUCCUCAACCUGUUCCUGUGUCACCCCAUCUCGCUCAAUUGGGCUCUCGACCAGCAGUACGGAGCACCCGGCACGUGUUACUCGUCCACAGCAGUGAAGCCCUUCGUGGUCUCGGUCGUGACCAACCUCAUCACCGACAUUGCCAUUUUCGUCAUUCCCUUCCCCCUUCUUCCCCAGCUUCAGCUUGCCGGUAAGCAGAAGCUCGCGCUUUGCGUCACCUUCUCUCUCGGAGCCAUCACUAUCAUCGUCUGCAUCGCCCGAGCCGUGGCUAUUGCCGUCUCCGGCAACAUUGCUCAGGUUGCCAUUCUCACGGCCUUUGAGUGUUCCACCGCCAUGCUCGUCGCCUCCAUGCCUGCCAUGCGAGUGCUGCUCAAGCAGACUGUGCGAAAGGCCUCCAACUCACAGUCGCAUUCUCGGUCCAACGGCUCUCGUCCUGGUACGGCAGGCUCCGGAACCAGCGAAAAGAAGAACAACUGGUUUGGUCUUCGAACUCGAACCUUUGCCGAGAAGACUACUGCUUCCGAGUUCUCUCAGGAUCUCGAGAUGAGCGCACACCGAUACUCGGGCCCCUCCGAUGUCGAUAACACCUACUACGACGACGGAGAGACCAAGGACUUCUCGCCAGACUCGUCCGUCACCAAGGACGAGCCUCGAGUCAGCAUUUUCGCCAUGGAAGACGAGUACCUGCAUCCUCAACAGACUCAGACCCAAGAGGUCGAGUACGCCCGACAGGUUGCUCAGCGGUUCGAGGAUCCUCUGCAGUCGUCAUCAAGCGAGCACUCACGACACUCGGAGGAGCUCACAGACGCCUACCCCGAGCCCACUGAGCAUCAGACCCAGAUCCAGCGGUUGCAACAACAACAGGCCGCCAUGCAGCAGCGUGGAUACGUGCAUUCUUAUGGAGCCCAGGACGAGUACAUUGAGACGUACAUGAACCACUCCAACCAGUUUUAG